AUGAGUUUAACAACAGUGACACAAUCUGGUGAAAUUACUUCUCAAGUGAGUAUUAAAAACUGUACUGUUGACUGUCAAAAUGGGUCCAUGAACUUCGGUGUUGUAAAGGCAUCUUAUUCCUGCUGUGACACUGACCUUUGUAACUCCAAAGAUGCUCCAGAUCUCAGCUCCAUUGUCCCCAGUGGAAAGACAUGUUACUCUUGUGAUGGGCACAGCUGUUUAAACAUAAUGAACUGUUCAGGGAGUGAAGACCGCUGCAUUAAAGCAACAGGGAGUUUUGGAGGCCAGUCACUGGUUGUAAAAGGCUGUCUCUCUAAAUCUAUUUGUGAUGCCACAACAUCUGUAAGUGAUGUUCAGGACAUCUCAUGUUGUUCAGGGAACCUGUGUAACAGUGCUCAGAGCGUCACUCAGAGCUUCCUGUUCCUCUGCUGUUCUCUGCUCUCCUUCAUCCUGCUGCACUGAAUCCAGCAGAUCUACACAUUCAGACACACUGUACAGAACAGCCUUAUGUACAACUCAGUUUGUGUCAGAGUGUUGAUUUUUAGAUCUAAAAAAAUAAAUAGCAACUAAUUUUAAUAGUUUAGGCUCUAUUGUCAAUCUUAACAUUUAACAUUGAGAAAAAUACUAAAUCAACUAUUCAGGCAAAGUAGAAUCCUUGUAAAAAAAUUCAGAAUUCAAUUUAUUCUGUGACUUCUAUUCAGACCUAGGAAUAUAUAGAUGUUUAGCAGCCCAUGUUUUAUUUGAUGUUAUGUCAUAACAUUAACACUUUAUAUUCAAAUUACAUAAUUUCGCUCAGUUAGUUAUAGGUUUUAAUGAAUAGAAAAGAUAUCUGCAAUGUAUGUCUAACUCAUGGAGUGAAAAUAAAUAAUUAUAUUUAAUUAAAUUGGAAAGAUUGAAUUAAAACAUUCCCAUCAGAAACAUGCCUUCUGUUUCCAUUCUAGGAGGCAUCUUGCCACAAGGGUCUAACUUUA